AAAUCUAUCAAACAUUUCGCUUUUCUAACGUCCCAUCUAAUUCUCCUCUUAACUCUCCCCAUCCUCUCCUCCUUCCAUCGUUUCUCGCUUCCUCACCCGAGCCCCAAUGGAUUCCAAAGUAUCUUCAGCUGCAACACUUAACCGAAAAUAAAACUCCCCGCAUGGAUCCAGGGGCCGAGGAUUCCGGCCCCCGGGAACCUUCUUCUUCUUCAUCUAAGCCUGCAGAAACCCCUACAUCAGAAGCGCCGCUUCCACCAACAAUAACUUCUCCGGCUGCCAGCGCAUCAUCAUCUUCCUCCCAACCAAGCCGCUACGAAUCUCAGAAACGCCGAGACUGGAACACUUUCCUACAGUACUUAAAGAAUCACAACCCGCCGCUCACGCUAGCUCGUUGCAGCGGCGCUCACGUUAUCGAGUUCCUCAAAUAUCUCGACCAGUUUGGCAAAACCAAAGUUCACUCGCAGGGCUGCCCCUAUUUCGGGCUGCCAAACCCGCCCGCGCCCUGCGCCUGCCCGCUCUGCCAGGCAUGGGGAUCACUCGACGCUCUCAUCGGCCGCCUUCGGGCGGCUUACGAGGAAAACGGAGGCCGGCCCGAGUCAAACCCGUUCGCGACCCGAGCUGUCCGAAUCUACCUCCGCGAGGUGAGGGAGUCACAGGCUAAGGCCCGUGGGAUACCCUAUGAGAAGAAGAAGCGCAAGCGGCAAACAACAGCUGCUUCUUCUUCUGCUUCUGCUUCAACGGCAGGAGAAAGUUCUACGUCAGUAACUAGAACUGGAGGGGAGACCCACGAGGGAUCCGGCUCUGGAGUAUAGCUUUUUCUCUUCUCUCUAAAUUGCUCGCGCUUCUUUUUCCUCUCUCUCUAUAUAUAUUUUUUCAAUUUUCUCAUUAUUUGGUGGUGAUUGAGGGGUUUGUGAGUAGGGAAGAAGAUUCGAGUGUAUGUUAAUUUUCAGGUAGUCAAGUAUGGCAUGCCAAAGAAGAUUAAUUAUUAAAUAAAUUUAUUAAUCCUCUCCUGCUCUUUGCUCAGCUCUUCUAAAUAAGAAGAAGAAUAUAAAGAAGAUUGAGAA